AAUGAGAAGUGUUUCCUUUUUUGAAAAAGAGGGAAGCCAAUGGUUUAUUGAUCGAGCGGUCCAGCGAAUCCACAAACAAGAUUACAAAGUUCUACACCUGUCGAGCCAACUUCUACAGAUCUGAUUCAGCUAUAUUUGUAUAUUCAAUCGGAGUUGCUGAACUAGUUAGUUCGGAUUUAGGGAUCAGAUUGGGGUUAGGGUUUAAGAAGUGGGAUUUUAUUUGAUUUUACAGUGAUGGUGUUUUGGGAAGGGUACGUAAGUGAUGAAGUGAUGGGUACAUUUGCCCCAAUUGUGGUGUACUGGUUGUACGCUGGAAUUUUCCAGUUGCUACCGCCUCUAGAUAAUUAUAGGCUGCACACUAGAAAGGAAGAGGAUGCGAAGAACUCGGUGCCAUUGGGUUCGGUUGUCAAGGGUGUAUUGCUUCAACAGGUUGUUCAGGCAGCCGUUGCCCACCUCCUGUUUUUGGUGACCUCGGAGACAGGCUUAGUUGGGACUGAAAUCCAGCCGUCCGUUCUUAUUCAGGUUGUGCAGAUCAUCAUCGCAAUGUUUGUGAUGGACACAUGGCAGUACUUUGUGCACCGAUACAUGCACAUGAACAAAUUUCUGUAUCGCCACAUUCAUUCCCAACAUCACAAACUGGUGGUACCUUAUGCAAUUGGAGCCCUCUACAAUCACCCACUCGAGGGUCUUCUGCUAGACACAGUUGGUGGGGCCAUCUCUUUUCUUAUCUCAGGAAUGACCGCAAGAACUGCUGUUAUAUUCUUCUGUUUUGCUGUCGUAAAAACAGUGGACGAUCAUUGUGGACUAUGGUUGCCGGGUAAUCUCUUCCAUUUGUUUUUCCAAAACAACACCGCUUAUCAUGACAUCCAUCAUCAACUGCAUGGCCUGAAGUACAAUUUCUCGCAACCUUUUUUCCCAAUUUGGGAUAAACUUCUUGGAACCCACAUGCCUUAUGAUCUCAUUAAGCGGCCCGAAGGAGGAUUUGAGGCUCGGCUAUCGAAAGAUUAACUCCAAUCAAUCUGUUCACUACUCAACUGUAUCAAAAUGUCGAUUUGAUUGAGGUAACUUGAAAUCCCCCUUAAUUUCUCUUUAUCCAAAUGAAUUUGUAGGCUGCAAGUUGCUAGUAAUCAACUCCUUGAUUGUGUUUAGUAUUAUUCUAAUCAUUCUUUCUUUCCAUUUUUUGUCUGAUUCUUUGGAUUUUAAAGAUGUAACAGUGAUUUGUAACUUGUUAUUUUGGUGUUCUUUUGUGCAGUCUUGCAAAAAUUGUAAUCUUUUGACAUGCUUCUUCUGUGUUUGCAACAAAUACUGUAUGUUCUUCAAAUGGAAUACACUUAUGGUUUGCAGUUUGCAGUUUGCAGAGGUAAAUUGAAGUUCUUUCUUAUAAAAUUGAAUUAUGG